AUGGAUAGAAGUUUUUCUGAUGUAAAAUCACUAAAAAUCCAACAUUUAAGAACUAGAAGCAGGUCAUUAAUCCUGACUGAGCAAGAGCAUGAAGAAGACAAGCUACUAUAUCUAAAUGAUAAAUUAUGCAGCAUUUGCGGAUGUCUCUUUAGCUUAUUGGGUCCUAACAGAAAGAAAUGUUGCACAUUCUGCUAUAAAGCGGUUUGUCAUAAAUGCUCUAUGCAAAAAACUUAUAACAGCCAGACAAAAUCCAUGUCCCGGCUUUGUGACAAUUGCCAAGGAAAAUUCAUCCAGAGCAAUGUAAGCAUGCCAUUUACAGUGAAAAUCGCCAAAGUAAAAUCAGCAAUAAAUAAACUCGUUAUUCGUUAAUUAAAAUUAUUAAAAAGCUCCCUGAGCGGUUAUCUCCAGCUUGUUUCGCCGAAAACCUGGGAUCCUACUCGUGUAUUACCUGUCUAGCUAUGGGUUUACAUAACACUAUAGAUUAGAGUUGGAUAGAUCAACAUGCAAACAUAUUGCUAUCCUAAAAAUGAGAAAAAAAAUUGGCUGACUAAUCAAGUUAAAAUAUCGAAAUCCAAAAUUAAUGCUCAUAUAGUGCUGUGGAAUUGUUCAUUGGUUUCUUUGUACCAUAGGCAGCGCUGAGCUUUGUUCUAACCUCUAACAAGAAAAAAUCUAACCAUGAUGGGGAACUUUAUCUAGCUCUCUUUGAAUUGCUGCUCCACUCAAUUAGCCAAAACCUUGACGGAUACAUAUGUCAAGUGCUUUUCUUCUUCCUCAAGUUCCCAAAAUUCACACGGGCACACACUUAAGAGUAAAGAAAAACACUGAUUUGCCAUGUUAUUUAAUGUAUGCGAUAAAUAAACUUAACAAGAAAAUAAAGCAAGAACAAUCUGCGAUAAAUGAAGAGAAUAAAAAGAUCUCUGACUUAUUAUCAAAAAUAUCUUUUCUUGAGCUGCGCAAUAUGUCAGCUAAUGAAGAAAAGCAACUCAAAAUUAGCAGCCUGGAGAAUGAAAUAAUUAAACUUAAAAAAGAGAUAAAAGAAUUAAAAGCAAAAGCAACAUCGCUUAGUGAAGUAAAAAACGACAAAGAAAAAUCGAUUAGGAAAAUAAAAAAACUAAUAGACUCUGUUAGGUCAAGGCAGGAAGCUAAAAACGGUGAACUAUCGUCAGAAAUAGUGAGAAAAAGUGUUGAUUAUGAAGCUUCAAGCUAUCAAGAAAGUGAAGCAGAUGAUGGAUAUCAUAAUUUAACUGAAAAAAUUGAAAUCUGUGGAAUCCAAAGCCACAUAUUAAAAAAUAAUCUUGAUGAGCUGGUCGAAAAUUUGACUAUAAAAGAUGAACAAAUUGCAACUUUGACGAAAAAUAUAUCAUCAAAAUCAUCAUCUAAGCUUAAUUCACACAGAUCAACAGCAACAUCGAUAACUCCUUGUGUUCAGUCGCUCAAAUUAAAGAGUGAAAUAAAAACCAAAAAGAAGAUGAUAUUGGCGUUGCAGAAUGAACUAAAGCAAUAUUCUUUUUUAGAUAGACAACUGCAAGCACCACUUAGCUCCAAUCCAUGCACUUGCUCAAUACAGUAA